GGGGUUAGUGCGGGGGGCAGGUGGUCCCGCCUGCUCUAAACUUAGCCUGGAGGAGCCAGUCUGGGCUCUUGUCUUCCAGCUGUGUCAUCAGAGAAUAUUUUUGGGAUUGGCAGCUGCAGGCGCCUCUGCCACUCAGGCCCUAGCCUGGCGGGAGGUUGGGGACCUGGCGGCUGGAGGUGGUAGGGAGGAGGGGAAAGAGGCCCAGGCUGUGGGAGGGGGCUGGGAAGAGAGGCUUUCAGGAGCAGGAAGCCAGGCCGCGGGCAGAGGAGGCCGCGGGGCCCCUCGCUGUAAAGGCAAACAGGAAGGACUGCCCCCUGAGCUCUGGGCUCCGGGCCCAGGAAUCGCCGCCGCCGCCGCAGAGCUGCCCCUCCGGGUCGACGGUAAGGAGGCGACCCGGGAGCGGGCAGCCAGAGGGAGAGCUCCCCGGAUCCCCAGGCCGGGUCCCCAGACGCGCCCCGCCUCCCGGGCUCCAGGCCUCCGCGCGCCCGCCGCCCGCCCUUCCCCGGCGCAGCUGCGGGUCGUUUGCGGCCGCCGCGAUGAAGGCGGGAUCGGGCGAUCAGGGGAGCCCCCCGUGCUUCCUGCGCUUCCCGCGGCCCGUGCGGGUGGUAAGUGGCGCGGAAGCUGAGCUCAAGUGCGUCGUCCUGGGGGAACCACCGCCCAUUGUCGUGUGGGAGAAGGGCGGGCAGCAGCUGGCGGCCUCGGAGCGCCUCAGCUUCCCGGCCGACGGCGCCGAGCACUGCCUGCUGCUGAGCGUCGCGCUGCCCACCGACGCGGGGGUCUACGUGUGCCGCGCCCGCAACGCGGCGGGGGAGGCCUACGCUGCGGCCGCCGUCACCGUGCUGGAGCCGCCGGCCCCCGAGCCGGAGCCCCAGCCCGCCGAGCGCCCGCUGCCGCCGCCCGGGACUGGGGAGGGCGCCCCGGUGUUCCUCUCGGGGCCCCGGUCGCAGUGGGUGUUGCGGGGAGCGGAGGUGAUGCUGACGUGCCAGGUGGGGGGCCUCCCCGUGCCCACGCUGUACUGGGAGAAGGAUGGGAUGGCGCUGGACGAAGUGUGGGACAGCAGCCACUUCGCGCUGGAGCCGGGCCGCGCCGAGGACGGCAGGGGCGCGAGCCUGGCUCUACGCAUCCUGGCGGCGCGGCUGCCCGACUCUGGCGUCUACGUGUGCCACGCCCGCAAUGCCCACGGCCACGCGCAGGCGGGCGCGCUGCUCCAGGUGCAGCAGCCUCCCGAGAGCCCGCCCCCGGACCCCGAUGAGGCCCCCAAGCCUGUGGUGGAGCCGGUCAAGUGCGCGCCCAAGACCUUUUGGGUGAACGAGGGCAAGCACGCCAAGUUCCGCUGCUACGUGAUGGGCAAGCCGGAGCCUGAGAUCGAAUGGCACUGGGAGGGCCGCCCUCUGCUCCCCGACCGCCGCCGUCUGAUGUACCGCGACCGCGACGGCGGCUUCGUGCUUAAGGUGCUCUACUGCCAGGCCAAGGACCGCGGGCUCUACGUGUGCGCCGCGCGCAACUCGGCGGGCCAGACGCUCAGCGCUGUGCAGCUGCACGUCAAAGAGCCCCGCCUCCGCUUCUCGAGGCCUCUGCAGGAUGUGGAGGGCCGGGAACAUGGGAUUGCCGUGCUAGAGUGCAAAGUACCCAACUCCCGCAUUCCCACUGCCUGGUUCCGUGAGGACCAACGGUUGCUGCCCUGCCGCAAGUACGAGCAGAUCGAGGAGGGCACCGUCAGGCGCCUUAUUAUCCAUAGGCUAAAGGCGGAUGACGACGGCGUCUACCUGUGCGAAAUGCGUGGCCGGGUGCGCACUGUGGCCAACGUAACAGUCAAAGGGCCUAUCCUGAAACGGCUGCCCCGGAAGCUGGACGUCCUGGAGGGCGAGAACGCGGUGCUAUUGGUGGAGACACGAGAGGCUGGGGUGGAGGGGCGCUGGAGCCGCGACGGGGAGGAUUUGCCAACCACCUGCCAGAGCAGCUCUGGCCACAUGCAUGCCCUGGUCCUUCCGGGGGUCACCCGAGAAGAUGCUGGCGAGGUCACCUUUAGCCUGGGCAACUCCCGUACCACCACUCUUCUCAGAGUCAAAUGCGUCAAGCACAAUCCCCCGGGACCUCCAGUGUUGGCAGAGAUGUUCAAGGGCCACAAGAACACGGUCCUGCUGACCUGGAAGCCUCCCGAGCCAGCUCCUGAGACCCCCUUCAUCUACCGGCUGGAGCGGCAGGAGGUGGGCUCAGAAGACUGGAUCCAGUGCUUUAGCAUUGAGAAAGCCGGAGCCGUGGAGGUGCCGGGAGACUGUGUGCCCUCCGAGGGCGACUACCGCUUCCGCGUCUGCACGGUCAGCGAACACGGCCGCAGUCCCCACGUUGUGUUCCAUGGGUCAGCUCACCUUGUGCCCACAGCUCGCCUGGUAGCAGGUCUGGAGGAUGUGCAAGUAUAUGAUGGGGAAGAUGCUAUCUUCUCCCUCGACCUCUCCACCAUCAUCCAAGGUACCUGGUUCCUUAAUGGGGAAGAGCUCAAGAGUACUGAGCCGGAGGGCCAGGUAGAGCCCGGGGCCCUGCGGUACCGUGUGGAGCACAAGGGCCUGCAGCACAGACUCAUCCUGCAAGCCGUCAAGCACCAGGACAGCGGGGCCCUGGUCGGCUUCAGCUGCCCAGGAGUGCAGGACUCUGCCGCCCUCACCAUCCAAGAGAGCCCGGUGCACAUCCUGAGCCCCCAGGACAAGGUGUCCUUGACCUUCACGACCUCAGAGCGGGUGGUGUUGACAUGUGAGCUCUCCCGGGUGGACUUCCCGGCGAGCUGGUACAAGGAUGGACAGAAGGUGGAGGAGAGCGAGUCACUGGUGGUGAAGACAGAUGGGCGCAGACACCGCCUGAUCCUGCCCGCUGCUGAAGUCCAGGACAGCGGCGAGUUUGAGUGCAGAACAGAAGGGGUCUCGGCCUUCUUCAGCGUCACUGUCCAAGACCCCCCAGUGCAUAUCCUGGACCCCCAGGAGCAUGUGUUUGUGCACGCCAUAACGUCCGAGUGCGUCAUGCUGACCUGUGAGCUAGACCGAGAGGACGCCCCUGUCCACUGGUAUAAGGAUGGCCAGGAGGUGGAGGAGAGCGACUUCGUGCUGCUGGAGGACGAAGGACCCCAUCACCGCCUGGUGCUGCCCGCCGCCCAGCCCCCCGAUGGGGGCGAGUUUCAGUGUGUUGCAGGAGACGAGCGUGCCUACUUCACCGUCACCAUCACAGACGUCUCCUCGUGGAUUGUGUACCCCAGUGGCAAGGUGUACGUGGCCGCCGUGCGCCUGGAGCGCGUGGUGCUGACCUGCGAGCUGUGCCGGCCCUGGGCCGAGGUGCGCUGGACCAAGGAUGGUGAAGAAGUGGUGGAGAGUCCGGCGCUGCUCCUGCAGAAGGAGGACACCAUCCGCCGCCUGGUGCUGCCUGCAGUCCAGCUCGAGGACUCCGGCGAGUACUUGUGUGAAAUCGAUGGCGAGUCAGCCUCCUUCACCGUCACUGUCACAGAGCCCCCCGUGCGCAUCAUACACCCCCGGGAUGAGGUGACCUUGAUCGCCGUGAGCUUGGAAUGUGUAGUGCUGACGUGCGAGCUGUCGAGGGAGGAUGCCCCAGUUCGCUGGUACAAGGAUGGGCUGGAGGUGGAGGAGAGCGAGGCGUUGGUGCUGCAGAGCGACGGGCGCCACCGCCGCUUGGUGCUGCCUGCGGCGCAGCCCGAGGACGGGGGCGAGUUCGUGUGCGACGCUGGGGAUGACUCAGCCUUCUUCACUGUGACCGUCACAGCCCCACCAGAGAGGAUUGUGCGUCCGGCAGCCCGCUCUCUGGACCUGCAGUUUGGGGUUCCAGGGCGUGUGGAGCUGCGCUGCGAGGUGGCCCCUGCUGGGUCCCAGGUGCGCUGGUACAAGGAUGGGCUGGAGGUAGAAGCAUCAGACACCCUGCUGCUAGGUGCUGAGGGGCCUGCUCGCACUCUGACCCUGCCCCAUGCCCGGCCCGAGGAUGCUGGGGAGUAUGUGUGUGAGACCCAUGAUGAAGCUGUCACCUUCAACGUCAGCCUGGCUGAGCCCCCCAUCCAGUUCCUUGCCCCAGAGGCAGCCCCUGGCCCACUCUGUGUGGCCCCCGGGGAGCCGGUGGUGCUCAGCUGUGAAGUGUCCCGGGCUAGUGCCCUUGUCUUCUGGAGCCACAACGGGAGACCAGUGCAGGAGGGUAAGGGCUUGGAGCUACGUGCCGAGGGCCCGCGCCGCACCCUCUGCGUCCAGGCUGCAGAGCCGGCCCACACAGGCCUGUACACCUGCCAGGCCGGGGUGGCCCCAGGAGCCCCCAGCCUCAGCUUCACUGUGCAAGUGGCUGAGCCCCCCGUGCGGGUGGUGGCCCCCGAGGCGGCCCAGACGAGGGUCCGCAGCACCCCAGGCGGGGACCUAGAGCUGGUGGUGCACCUCUCCGGGCCGGGGGGCACUGUGCGCUGGUACAAGGACGGGGAGCGACUGGCGAGCCAGGGGCGGGUACAGCUGGAGCAGGCCGGGGCAAGGCAGGUGCUGCGGGUGCGGGGGGCACGGAGCAGGGACGCUGGGGAGUACCUGUGCGACGCACCCCAGGACAGCCGCAUCUUCCUCGUCAGCGUGGAAGAACCACCGCAGGUGAAACUGAUCUCGGAGCUGACACCACUCACCGUCCAUGAGGGUGAUGAUGCCACAUUCCGGUGUGAAGUCUCCCCUCCAGAUGCCGAUGUCACCUGGCUGCACAAUGGGGCCGUUGUCACUCCAGGGCCCCACCUAGAGAUAGCCCAGAAUGGGUCAAGCCACACACUGACUGUGCGAGGGUGCCAGCUCGAAGACGCAGGAACCAUGGCUGCCCAAGCAGGGGGCACAGCCACAAGUGCCCGGCUCCACGUUCGAGAAACAGAGUUGCUGUUCCUCCGGAGGCUGCAGGAUGUGCGGGUGGAAGAAGGCCAGGAUGUGUGCCUUGAAGUGGAGACAGGUCGAGUGGGUGCAGCAGGGGCCGUGCGCUGGGUGCGAGGUGGGGAGCCCCUCCCCCAUGACCCUCGCCUGUCCGUGGCCCAGGAUGGCCACGUCUACCGCCUCUUCAUCCAUGGUGUCGUACUGGCUGACCAGGGCACCUACGGCUGUGAGAGCCACCACGAUCGAACCCUGGCCAGGCUCUGCGUAAGGCCAAGGCAACUAAGGGUGCUGCGGUCUCUGGAAGAUGUGACCAUCGUUGAGGGGGGCAGCGCCACCUUCCAGCUGGAGCUGUCCCAGGAGGGUGUGACUGGGGAAUGGGCCCGGGGUGGAGUCCGGCUGCAUCCAGGGCCUCAGUGCCACAUUCACGCAGAGGGCCACACUCACCACCUGGUACUCAGUGGCUUGGGGCUGGCUGACUCGGGCUGCAUCUCCUUCACUGCGGACUCCCUGCGCUGUGCAGCUAGACUCACCGUGAGAGAGGCCCCAGUGACCAUCGUGCGGGGGCCACAAGACCUAGAGGUGACCGAGGACGACACAGCUACGUUCGAGUGCGAGCUUUCCCAAGCCUUGGCUGAUGUCACCUGGGAGAAGGACGGGCGCCCGCUCACCCCCAGCCCUCGGCUCAGGCUCCAAGCCCUCGGCACGCGGCGCCUUCUCCAGCUGCGGCGCUGCCGCCCCUCGGACGCCGGGACCUACAGCUGCGCGGUGGGGACGGCUCGCGCCGGGCCCGUCCGCUUGACGGUGCACGAGCGCGUCGUGUCGAUGCUCUCCGAGCUCCAGUCUGUGCGCGCCCGCGAGGGCGACGGCGCCACGUUCGAGUGCACCGUAUCCGAGGUCGAGACUACCGGGAGCUGGAAGCUCGGAGGCCGCCCACUGAGACCCGGAGGCCGCGUCCGCAUCCGACAGGAAGGGAAGAAACACAUUCUGGUGCUGAGCGAGCUGCGCACGGAGGACGCCGGUGAGGUCCGCUUCCAGGCGGGACCAGCCCAGUCCGUGGCUCAGCUAGAGGUGGAGGCACUGCCUCUCCAGAUGUGCCGCCGCCCUCCUCGCGAGAAGACGGUUCUGGUCGGCCGCCGUGCAGUGCUGGAGGUGACUGUGUCCCGAUCCGGAGGCCAAGUGUGCUGGUUGCGGGAGGGUGUCGAGCUGUGCCCGGGAGACAAGUACGAGAUGCGCAGCCAUGGCCCCACCCACAGCUUGGUCAUCCAUGACGUGCAGCCUGAGGACCAGGGCACCUAUUGCUGCCAGGCCGGAGAGGACAGCGCCCACACGCGGCUGCUGGUAGAGGCUAGGAGGACGGAACCAAGCCAGGCGGGUGCCCUCGGACAGCUUGGAAGGCGCAUGCCCUUACCCCGGGCAGGGGUGGGUGGUAGGGGAACAGAGGUGUUGGGAGACAAUAAAAGUGGUGCAGCCCCUUUCCCUGACUCUCUGUGUGAAUAUAGGAGGGCAGAUCUUGCCUGGAGCCCCUGUGUAGUGAGUGACUCAGGGACCAAGAGCUACAGCACUUCUAACUUGGCCCAUGGAAGUGCCAUCCACUGAAGACCACCACUCCUGGC